UCUCUUUAUUACCCGCAGUAGAAUGCUUAAAAUUAAAGGAGACAUUUUGAACCCAACAGCCCGAAGCAAGAUUUAUUUUGAAGCUUGCUUUCAAUCUACGGUGGUGUUUAAUCGAUCUCCUCGAACACCCAUUUCGAUUCUCUACCCAAUGCACUAAUUUUCUCAUCUACCCAUGACAGUAGUCGAACUGCAUUUCACCACUGGAUUCUGAACUCCAGCUGUACAUUCCACCAUUUUUUACAGAGGUCAGCGGUUUUCCUCAAUGCAAUGCCGCCAAAAUGAGAAAGCUACAGCAAUGGCGCAAGAAUGCCGGCGAAGUUUAGAGGAAAUUUUCGAGUCUGGAGCUACUGUAGGAUUUAACAGGUCAAAAAUCGAUUGGCUGCGGACAGAAAGAAAUAUUGGUUUAUGUUCAUGGGGGAUUUACGGACGCUAAUCUCAAUGCACAAUCAUGUGGAGAGAGACACACAUUUGGGCAGCUCCAGGUAUGGGAAACUCAAGAAAUGCUGUAAAAUUGGCCUUAUAUUGAUGCUGAAAGUUUUUCCUGCAAUAUUUCUAUCUACACUUGCUUUUGGUAGUGAAUAUGAUUACCUUCAGACAGUGGCUAGUGUUAAGGCAUCAGGCUCUGAGUCUUUAAUUACUUCAAGAAGGUCAUUGGAUACCAUUCUUCAAGAUUAUGCCUUCAGAGCCUUUGUUAAGCCUCGGACAGGCAUUGCAUAUGAUGCACCAGUGCCGUCAAAUAUGACUGGUAUUACGCUGGGGGCAGUUAGAUUGCGAAGUGGUAGCCUAUAUCGUAGAGGGAUGGAUUUUCACGAGUUUCAUAUUCCUGCUGGGGUUUUGCUGAACCCUUAUGUCCAGCGAUGUGCUCUUAUUUAUCAGAAUCUGGGUAACUGGUCAGGGAUAUACUAUCCUAUGCCUGGAUAUGACCUUUUGGGGUCUGUUAUAGGCCUUUUGGCUUAUGAUUCCUCGAAUUUGAGUGCCUUGAAUUUGGCAGAACUCAAUGCAGUCGCCACCAAGCAGCCAAUCUCGAUUAGGUUUCCGAAGGCAUCUAUAGGUUCCACAGCCAUUUGCGUGUCCUUUUAUUUGAAUGGAUCAGUGAGCCUCAGCAAAGUGAGUUCUGGUAAUGUUUGUUUAACAAAUUAUCAGGGACAUUUUGGUCUCUUUUCCAAAUCUCUUGCCCCUUCUCCUGCACCCUCGACUCCUGGUAUAACACCCGCUCCAGGAACCAUUACUCAUAUAUUGCCAGUGCCCAAGAAAAAGGAAUCAAAUACUUGGAAAAUUGUACUUGGCUCUGUCUUGGGGGGCAUGGUCCUUUUGGUUUUGUUGAUCUACCUGGUAUUUGUAACCCUCACAUACUUGAGGAAGGCAAAGAUUACCAAGAUGGAAAACCAAGCAGACCAAGGAGAGGCAUUACAGACAUCUGUUUUUGGCAGUAGCAGAGCUCCGGCAGCAGGCGGGACUCGAACUCAACCAAUGCUGGAGAAUGAUUAUGUUGCAUAGAUUGAGAGCCCUUCUCUACAUGAAAAUGCAGCUUCAUCUUAGCAUUCUUUGUAAUAUAGAAUUCAAUGAUUUUUUGGCAAUAAUUUAGUUUUGUCAAAACCCUUCAGAAAGAAUUUUACCAAUUGGGUGCUGUUUGAUCUUAGCUUCAACUGAAUCUUCGACUAAAGUAAAGGCUUCAGUUUCAAACAGAUAAGACAUCAUAAAGCCUGAAGGUUUCAGUAUUUGUUGCAGAGGACCUGCAUUUCUUCUGUGCAAAUGGCAAAAACAUUCAACCAGUUCUAUAUAAUUGCAGGUCUUUGUGUUCUUUUUGCAGAAACUCCUUUUUGGGCACCUCGAAGAACAUGUUGGAAUAUGCCUCAGCUUGCAAAUUAUCCUAUCACAAUAUUGGUUUCCUGCAUUGUAUCAGCUAGCUAUGGAACUUGGAUCAUAGAUUUCUUCUUUGCUUGGAAAAGAUACUAGUGUUAAUUAUUCAAUCUAUCUUUUAAAACAACUGUUAAUUAUUCAA